GAUACUCAUCUCAUCAACCAGCAUGCGAUGGCGACGGCGGCGCCGACGAUGACAUGUGGCAGCCAGCAUCUGAUCCCGUGCUUUCGCCUGACGCUCAAGGUCGGCAUACCCUCUGCGUCAGCCGGGAAGGAGCAGAUGCUUCUCAUGUCCGGCUACAAUGACCACCAACUCCAUGGGCGACAAGCUUCGCCCAAGAUCUCCUGGUUGCCCAUCCUACAUGAUACUAAGACCACGCUCCGGGGGUGCUCGAUGGCGGCGGCUUGCGUGUUGGGAUGGUAUGAUGCUCGCGACGCGGUUGCUGCACGAUGCAAGACUCUGACGCAUCUCUUCUUUGCGGCAUGCAUACUCAAGAUAUAUAUACUUAUGUGUGUUCUGAUCUAACAAACUUUGAUAUACAUAUCAAUUGCAGUCUUGUUUGUUAGCUCCACGGAUGAAUACACGUCUCUGCGGAUGAAUAUACUACUUGUCUUCUGA